CAUGGAGUCGCACCAAUUGUCAUGCUUUUAUAUUGCGCUAAUUCUGGCGUGCGGAGGAUUAUUGUUGAGUUCAAGCCUUGCGGAAACGGUGCAAUUUCCGGCACUAAACUGCCGGAAACACACUGCUUACCUUACGGAUUUCGGCGGUAAAGGGGACGGGAAGACGCUAAACACGGCGGCGUUUCAAUCCGCGAUUGCUAACCUCAGCAAGUAUGCAUCGGACGGUGGCGCUCAACUUAUCGUACCGCCGGGAAAAUGGCUCACUGGACCUUUCAAUCUCACUAGCCAUUUCACCCUUUAUAUCCACAAGGAUGCCGUUACUCUUGGCACUCAGGAUAUAUCAGAAUAUACAAUUAUUCCGCCUUUGCCAUCUUAUGGGCAAGGAAGAGAUGCUCCAGGACCUAGGAUGAUCAGUCUCGUCUUUGGAACAAACCUCACUGACGUUGUCAUUACUGGUGGAAAUGGGACGAUAGACGGUCAGGGAGAGGUUUGGUGGGAGAAGUUUCGUAAGAAGGAGUUAACCUACACAAGGCCUUACCUUAUUGAGAUUAUGUAUUCGAAGCAAAUCCAAAUAUCCAAUCUCACAUUGCUCAACUCUCCAUCAUGGGUUGUCCAUCCCGUUUACAGCAGUGAUAUUGUAAUUCAAGACUUGACAAUUCUUGCACCUAUUGAUUCUGAAAACACAGAUGGGAUUGAUCCAGAUUCAUGCUCCAAUGUGAGAAUAUGGGACAACUACAUCGUCUCCGGAGAUGACUGCAUCGCCGUGAAGAGUGGUUGGGAUGAGUACGGGAUAGCAGUCGGCAUGCCAACAAAACAUCUCUCCAUCAAAAGGCUGACCUGCAUUUCCCCCUUCAGCGCCACCAUCGCUCUGGGCAGCGAAAUGUCGGGCGGGAUUCAAGACGUCAGGGCCGAAGACCUCAAAGCCCUCAACACCGAAUCCGGCGUCAGAAUCAAGACCGCUCCCGGCCGAGGCGGCUUCGUCAAAGACAUCUACGUCAGGAACGCCGAAUACCACACCAUGAAGUACGUGUUUUGGGUGUCGGGCGAAUACAAUUCCCACCCUGACAAAGGCUUCGACCCCACCGCGCUUCCCAACAUAACGGGGAUAAAUUACAGCAAAAUCAACGCCAAAAACGUGACCAUCGCCGGGAAACUUAUUGGGCUGGAGAAGGAUCCCUUCACCGGAAUCUGUAUCUCUGACGCGACGAUUGAGAUGCGCGCCGACGACGACGACAACAAACCGAAACCGGCGUGGAACUGUACGGACAUCAGCGGGGUUGCGAGCUCGGUGACCCCUAAGCCUUGUGGUCAAUUGGUUGAGUCGCAAAAGCCUGUCGUCUGCGAAUUUCCAACUGAUAAACUUCCAAUUGAGAAUGUUGAACUCACCACUUGUUCUGCUGUUAUAUCAUGA